AGCACUUUCUUGAUGCUCUAUCUCUCAAAUAUACAUGUGGCAAGCACAAGCACACUUUCUCUUCUUCAGGAGUCAAUCCCAAAAACAAACCAGUGACAGUGUGUAGUAGAGCAAGCUUUUGACCACCAUCAUCAUCAUCAUUAUCAUCAUCAUCAUCAAUUCAUGAACCAAAACCCAAUUUCUAUCUGCUUUUGUUACUCAUAAUGAAGAAUUAAUUGGUGAAGCAAAAGGUUGGGUGAAGAUAAAUUACACAAACAAUUGAAUUGAAAAAGAUGGUAGUGAAGGAGCAAUUUUUGGGUAAAAUUCCUUCAAACCCAGAAAAUUCUGUGUUUGGUGGAAGAUUAAUUCCAUUGUUAGCUGUCCCAUCUUCUAUCCGCUCAAAUCCCAUUUUACCCAGACGCGAAUUCUCUCUCUCAUUAAGACUUAAGGAAACAAGGAAGUUCAAAUCAGUCUUCCGGCAAGUCCGAACCCAGGCUUCAAAUGUCGGUGUUGGACCAAGCAACUAUGAUGGAAGAGAGGAGUUCGACAGUCAGAAUAUAUAUCCAAAUGGCUCAUCAAGUGAAAGUUCCUCUCAGAUUGAGAAGCGUCCAAAUCGAAUUUCUUAUCCUUUUUCUAUAGCUAUGGUGCUAUUUGGGUGUGCUUUAGCAUUUUGCCUCAUUAUGUUCACGAAAGGAGGGCCUUCAUCAAUAUUGGCGGCAAUUGCGAAGACUGGAUUUACUGCUGCAUUCACAUUGAUAUUAGUCUCAGAAAUAGGGGAUAAGACAUUUUUUAUUGCUGCUCUCCUGGCCAUGCAGUAUAAGAAAGGGCUGGUUUUGUUGGGAUCUAUGGGUGCCCUUGCACUGAUGAGUAUUCUCUCUGUCAUAAUAGGACGGAUUUUUCAGUCAGUACCUGCUCAAUUUCAGACUACUCUUCCAAUAGGAGAAUAUGCUGCUGUGACUCUACUACUAUUCUUCGGUUUGAAGUCAAUAAAGGAUGCAUGGGACCUUCCGACAGAUGACACCAAGGACGAAAAUAAGGAUGGCUCUGAACUUGGUGAAUUUACUGAAGCUGAGGAGCUUGUGAAGGAGAAGGCUUCGAAACGAUUAUCAAACCCUCUUGAAAUUGUGUGGAAGUCAUUCAGCCUUGUGUUCUUUGCAGAAUGGGGUGAUCGCUCAAUGCUUGCAACCAUUGCCCUUGGUGCUGCCCAGUCUCCCUGGGGUGUCGCAAGUGGAGCCAUUAUGGGACACCUAGUUGCCACGUCUAUUGCAGUUCUUGGAGGAGCAUUUCUUGCCAAGUACAUUUCUGAAAAACUGGUUGGCUACUUGGGAGGGGUUCUGUUUCUUCUUUUUGCUGUUGCUACAUUCUUUGGAUACUUCUAGUUCCUGAUGCCAAAGCAAUGCCGAAAAAUAGAAGGAAAUUUCACCUUUGAUUUUCUGUUCAAUAUACUACUCUUCCUCAGAGAUCUUUAGAAGAUUUAUUUUCCAAAUCAGGAACUCCUCUCUACUGACACAUUAGUUGGAUCGUGCAAGCCGAGACUAUUAGCUUAAUUUAACGAGUCCGGAUUCUCUAGAGUUUUAGUAAAACUCUACAAGGUAGAGUUGUAUCUGAGCCAUACAUUUUAAAAUCAAAGGCUUAUAUUGGUGGAAUGAAAAGAUUUAGGAGUGGAUUUUGAUGAGAUAAAAUAGGAGUGAUUUUGGAAAGAGAAUAUAUGGGCCAUUGAUUUUUUAUUCAAUGGUUGAUAUUGCUCAAACUCUACCUUGUAGAGUUAUUUUACAACUCUAGAGGAUCCAAACACUAACUUAAUGACCAGCUCGGGAAUGUUCAUACGACAUACGAACAUUCCCAAAUAGUGAGUGAACAUCUUUGGUAGGAAAUUGACAAACGCAGGUGACAAAAUAAAUGAAGUGAAAUCUGUUAAUGGUAGGUAUCUCUUGUUAAUAAAACAUGAUUUUGUACCAUCCUAUCCCUCUCUACAGAUGGCAUUUUAUUUCGACAUUGAACUUGCCUCAGCAAUUAUUUAUUACUGUGUUCAUAA